CGCCGAACGUAAUUCUUCCCAGCUGUCCGUCUUUUUGACAUUUGAAUGUGUUAAAAACGUGAUUCUUUUACAUUUUGCCACAUUUUCAUUAAAAUGAGUGACUUUGGGGACUCUUUUUCAAGCGGCGAACAUAAAGCCGGUGAUAAGGAACUGCAGGAGUUUCUCAUGGUUGAAAAACAGAAGGCGCAGUUCAAUGCACAAAUACACGAAUUUAACGACUUUUGUUGGGACAAGUGCGUAGAGAAGACUGGGAAUAAACUGGACAGCAAAACAGAAACGUGUCUCACAAACUGCGUCGACCGGUUCAUUGAUGUUUCCUUGUUGAUUACUAAUAGAUUUGCACAGUUAUUACAAAAAAGUGCGGGUGUGUAAUAUAAAAUAAAUAUCAUAGUCAUGUAGUUACUUAAUAGAUCGAAAAUUCUCA